AAAGUAAUUUUGCAUUUUAUGUUGUAAACUAAUAAAAAUUGCAUUGUAAUAAUAAUUGCAUUGCAUUAUAAUUUACUGUACUAUAAAUUUCAAAAUUAUCAAAAAAAAUAUGUUUAGCAAAUUUCUAUUAAUAACAAUUAUUGUUAUUUAUACACAAUGUAAUCAAGCUCAAGAGGUGACAUCAGAGGGAUCGUCCAAUUUGGUGACACCUACUACGGCGUCCACGACGUGUGGGACAAUAGAGUUUCAAUUUUGUCAAUUGUAUCCAUUGAUCAAUUCGUGUCCCGAAAAACACUUUUGCCAUAACUCUAGUUCUGUCAUCGAUCCGAAUGUCGGUAUCUGUUAUAAAACUCACGAGUUUUGUGCCACUCUUAACCAGAAUUGCUGUUCCGAUACAGACUGUUGUCGUCCAACAAGUGAAUCAAACUCACCGUUAGAUUGUGUGGACAAUAUUUGCAGAGUUUUGUUACUUUGAGUGAUAAAUAGUUUUUUUUAACGAUUUUUAUUAUCAUUUUAUUCAAUACCUUUGUUUUCAAUAAAUAUUAAAUAUUUUG